UGGCUCCAUCCUCCUCAAGUUGCCAUAGCAGCCUCUCUCCCGAUGAGCAGUUCCUCCUGGAGCCCUCAGCCGGGAGGGACGUCAUUGUUCGUUCCUGCCCGUGCAAGGAGGAGACUGACUGGACGGAGAACUUUCUGGGGCCCGGGGUCCACAUACCAAGUGGGUGCUCCCAUGGGCACAGGGCCGGGCGCCUCGGGCUGCCUCCAGGGGUCCCCACGGCCACAGGGGGUCCUCUGGGUGACCGGGGGAAGCAUCCAGGCCUCGGAGCAGCCGCAGCCAAGCGUGUCCUUGGAGCCAUCCGUCCAUCUGCCUGCCGGCCUGUCGCCACUGGAGACCGUGGCCUGAUGGACGCUUGGUGUGGAUGAUGAGGGAAGAACGCGUCUCCCACACCCGAGAGGUGACCCCGGAGCAAGCCCCGGAUGACCCUGCGAGCCGGAACCAUGCGGCUGGCCUGCAUGUUCUCAUCCAUCCUGCUGUUCGGAGCCGCAGGCCUCCUCCUCUUCAUCAGCCUGCAGGACCCCACGGAGCUCGCCCCUCGGCAGCUGCCAGGAAUAAAGUUCAGCAUCCGGCCGCAGCAGCCCUACAACGACCUCCCGCCUGCCAGCUCCCAGGCUGGUGACCUGAAGGCGCCUACAGAGAAGGUCCCCCGAGACUUGUCCAGCCAGGCCCCGAGGGGCUUCAGCCUGCUGGGGCCUGGCCGGCCUCAAGCCCCCCUAAACACGGGGGCCCGGCUCCGGCCCCGGCAGCGCCGCCGGCGGCUGCUGAUCAAGAAAAUGCCAGCCGCCGCCGCCGUCCCGGCCAACGGCUCCUCCUCCGGCGCCCUUGCGCAGUCGGCACCCUGGGCGCCGGGCGGCCCCGGGCUCAGCCUGCAGCAGAGCCAGCAGGAGCGCAAGCGGGUGAUGCGGGAGGCCUGCGCCAAGUACCGGGCCAGCAGCAGCCGCAGGGCCGUCACGCCCCGCCACGUGUCCCGCAUCUUCGUGGAGGACCGCCACCGCGUGCUGUACUGCGAGGUGCCCAAGGCGGGCUGCUCCAACUGGAAGCGGGUGCUCAUGGUGCUGGCGGGCCUGGCCUCCUCCACCGCCGACAUCCAGCACAACACCGUGCACUACGGCAGCGCCCUCAAGCGGCUGGACACCUUCGACCGCCAGGGCAUCCUGCACCGCCUCAGCACCUACACCAAGAUGCUCUUCGUGCGCGAGCCCUUCGAGAGGCUGGUGUCCGCCUUCCGCGACAAGUUCGAGCAUCCCAACAGCUACUACCACCCGGUGUUCGGCAAGGCCAUCCUGGCCCGGUACCGGGCCAACGCCUCCCGGGAGGCCCUGCGGACGGGCUCGGGCGUGCGCUUCCCGGAGUUCGUCCAGUACCUGCUGGACGUGCACCGGCCCGUGGGCAUGGACAUCCACUGGGACCACGUCGGCCGCCUCUGCAGCCCCUGCCUCAUCGACUACGACUUCGUGGGCAAGUUUGAGAGCAUGGAGGACGACGCCAACUUCUUCCUGAGCCUCAUCCGGGCGCCGCGGAACCUGACCUUCCCCCGGUUCAAGGACCGGCACUCGCAGGAGGCCCGGACCACGGCGCAGAUCGCGCGCCGCUACUUCACGCAGCUCUCGGCCCUGCAGCGCCAGCGCACCUACGACUUCUACUACAUGGACUACCUGAUGUUCAACUACUCCAAGCCCUUCGCGGACCUGUACUGAGGCGCGGGGCCGUCCCUGGUCCCUCGCCCGAGCGCCGCGAUGGGUCCGGGCACGUGCGCCGCGACUGCUCGGUGCCGCGGGCCCUCGGCGGGGAGGGGAGGCCCGGCCCUGAAGGGGGCCCCUGGCCUUUGCCCCAUCCCCACUUCCUCACUCUUCAGCUGAGGAGGCCGCCGCGGGUCGCGCAGGACCGCAGGAGUCCCGGCCGCGUAGACCCGGCUCGGCUAAGAGUCAGGACGACCAGGGGAUUCUGAGGCCCGGAAGCCGAGGGCCCCAGCGGUCAGGGACCUCCUGCGGUCCCUUAGCCAUUGCCUUGAACCAAACCACAUGGUUUGCAGCUUUUCUAUGACCCCGGGGGGUGGGGAGGUUCCCUUGGAAUGAGGUUCCAAAUAAAGCACAUGGUUUCCAGAGUA